GGACGCUUCGCAGUGUUUACAUGCGGAACGUCAGAUCGAUACCGUGUGCACACGCACGAGUGCGUCCGAUCGAUGAGUUUCUGACGAUGCGUGAAGGUGCUCGUACACGUGUCUGAUUCGCCGUGCGUACGAUUAAUAAAGCGACGGCAAACGUGCCGAGGAGGAGAAAGAGAGAGAGAGAGAGCGAAAAGAGAGUGUGCGCGAGCGGGAAAGACGCGACGCCGCGCCGGCAAGGCAAUGGACCGCUGCUCGUAGUUCAGUUCCAACGAAGCGCGCGCGAGACGAGGUCUGGUUUGGCGCGGAGACAACAGCCUCCCGGAAAGGACAGGCAGAUUCCCGCGCGGAGCUCUGUGGGUCUAUGGGAUACAACAUCGCCAGCUGGGAGAUGAUACGCACGCGGGAGGAGAAACUGAGUUUUGACAGCACCGAGGAUCAGCACGCGAUGAUGAACAACAUGGUAGACGCGCGGGCCUGUUACAAGCCCAGCUGCAAAUCGUGGUUCCGCGGCGUUCGAAGCAGCAAGUUUCGGCACGUUUACGGCGUGCCGGCCAAGCGGGAGAAAUGUUACGACAACAUCAAGAUCACGAAGAACGCCCACGAUUCGCAAUUCUGCGCCGUAAAUCCCAAGUUCCUGGCUGUCGUGACGGAGGUCGCCGGCGGCGGAGCGUUCCUGGUGUUAUCGCUGGAUCGCACCGGCCGUCUCGACUUCAACGCCAGUCGUGUAACUGGGCACACGGGUCCCGUUUUGGACAUCAAAUGGAAUCCAUUCAAUGACAACAUCAUCGCAUCCUGUUCCGACGAUUGCACUAUAAAAUUGUGGCAUAUACCCGAUGGCGGAUUGUCGAGGAACUUGACCGAGUGGCUGGUGGAGUUGCAAGGACACAAGCGACGCGUCGCUUAUAUUGAAUGGCAUCCGGUGGCGGAGAACGUGCUCUUCAGCGCCGGCUUCGAUCAUCUUGUCAUCGUGUGGGACGUGAACAGGUGUGAGGCAGUGAGCGUAAUCGAUCGGCAUCCCGAUGUAAUUUAUAGCAUGUCCCUAAACCGCGACGGCAGCUUAUUGGCGACCACUUGUAAGGACAAGAAAUUGCGAGUUUUUGAGCCGAGGUCCGGCAUCGUAGUUUCGGAGGGGGUAUGUCACGCCGGCACGAAAGCGAGCAAGGUGGUAUUCCUCGGCAGCUCCGGACGUCUUUUGACUACUGGAUUUAGCAGACAUUCGGAUCGACAAUACGCGAUAUGGAGUCAGCAUGAUCUAACUGUCCCACUGACAUGCGAGACGAUAGAUUCGUCGAGCGGAGUGGUUUUUCCAUUUUACGAUAACGAUACCAAUAUGGUGUUCUUAGCCGGAAAGGGCGAUGGUAACAUUCGGUAUUACGAAGUGGUCAACGAAGCACCCUGGAUGCAUUACCUCAGUCAAUUUAUAUCGGGAAAUCCUCAGAGAGGAUUGGGGGUGAUGCCGAAAAGGGGCAUUAACACUUCUUUGUGUGAGGUAUUCAGAUUUUACAAGUUGCACGCGACCCGCGGAAUGUGCGAGCCGAUCUCGAUGAUAGUACCACGGAAGAGUGAUCAAUUCCAAGAAGAUCUGUAUCCCGAUACAAUUGGAACGUGUCCCGCACUAUCGGCUAGAGAUUGGACCAGCGGCAUGAACAGCCCGCCGAUCUUGAUCUCUCUUAAAACAGGCGGGAGUAUCUCUACGCAUAAACCACGAAUAUAUAAGCCACCGCAAUUGCCUGCGACUACCGAUUUGAAUAACAAAAAGAAAUUCGCGUUUCUGUCUACGGAAACGAUACCGGAUUAUAGACCGGUGGAAUUGCACGAUAUGUCGGAGAAGAGCCAGAAGACAUCCAGCAAUCAGAGCACAAAGUUUCAGCAACUUCAGCAGAAGUUUGGAAAUGUUACUAUACAGAAGAAUAUGAUCUCGUCUUCGAUUAAUGACAAUAAAGCUAUGGAGACUGUGGACGUUCCAAAUAACGAAGCGGAACUUCGUUUGGCAUUUGCUCGUCAAACCGACGAAUUGAGACUGGUACGACGGCAGCUCGCUAACAGCCAACUGCGCGUUAAGGAAUUAGAGGACCAAAUACGAAAACUGCAGCGUCAAUAAAGCUUCGCAAGCUCGCUUCGCGCUAUCGUCUUUGUAUGAGACUCUUACAAACUUCACUGCUACACGUGAUUAGCAAUCAAUACUUAAAAGUUUUCUAGAGUAUUUAACGCACCGCUAAUAAUGAUGAAGAGCCUAAGCUUACGAGAAAUUUUGUACUAACACGCUUAGGGAACCUUAGCUUGCUUCAUAUUCACGUACACAAAGAAAUAUCCGCACAGAACAAUUUUUACUAACUUUUCUUGAAAUAUCUACAAUUUUUAUGUAGAAUAAAAAAUUGUCACGUUGAUCACAAAGGGAACAGAAAAAAAGUAGGCUGCAUUUGUUAUAUGAAAAUUGUACCUGUUCACGCACAUACUUAGAUGUGUAAGUCGGAUAUUAGAGAGAUAAGAGAGAAGCACAAAAUACCUUUAGGGCAAAUGGCAGCGUAAGCGUAGUAAUUCAUGAUGUUAUCAGUUAAAUUACGUAUUUUACUUUUUUUUUUAAAACGAUAUGUUAGUACUAGUCUGUUAAUCAAUUGUUUAUUUUUUUCUAUUACUGUUUUUGUAUGUUUAUUAAUUACUUAACUUAAUAUAUUAUUUAAUAUAUUUCUUCAUCAUUAGAGAUAUUUCGUGAGACAGUAUUUCUUUUGCGUAUUAUCACGAUUACUAUUGCUUCUGUUUGCAUCGUAAAUUUAUCUUUGCAACACGUAAAAUAUGAAGUUCAUUGCUGAUCUAUUUUAUGAUAUGCUCUACAAAGCUGCAACGUCAUGUAUGUACGAGUGAACCAGCGUAUUGAUAUAUUUAAGCAUUUUGCUAUCGCAUACAUAUAUUUUUCACUGCCAUCCACUGCCGCGAUGUCGAUGGCAAUAAGAUCUCCAAAUCUAUGAAGUGCAGUGAUACCUCUAAUAAAUGUCACAAUUAGUCUAAAAAAAAGAAACUAGCUUAAAAUUCAUUUUUAUACAAGAAAUGCACAGUGUAACGUACGUGCAGUUUAGCAACAUCAUUAGACAAUGUACAAUCGAUGAUAUACCGCGAACAAUAAAAUAUGUACGUAUAUUUUUAAGAAACGCGACGUUUAUCGCGACACAAAUGUCGGUUAAAUUCACCCUAAACUUGAAGGGGAUAUACAAUAGCAAGUGUGUUAGAACAUUUACUUUUAGCCUUAGCCUUCGUAGUUCUGAGAAUCAUACAGAAGUAUAUUUUCCGCUUAAUAACAAUAAUCAAGUUGUGUAAUGAUUUAUAUAUACACAAUAUAUACGUUUAUAUACGUAUUUUUCAUACAAUUGUGCAAUUAUACCGAUAAAUACAUAUAUAGUACCUGGAUGCUACACUUCACAUAUCGCCUUGCGAGCGUAAGAUUUCACUAUCUGCAAAAUACAGUAUGGAUAAAAUCUCGAGACGCAUUGAUACAGCAAUAUGUGACGUAGCAUUCCCUAGUCUUUCUCCACUAGUUGUUUACUUUAUCAUCGUCAUUAGCUUUAAUUACCCGUAAAUAAGGUAUUUUAUUGAACUCUUCUUUUAUAACUCUUCUUUUAGACAUGUAACUUCUUCGAGAGCAGUUGAAGUUACGUAUGUUAUAUUAGGCAGUGCAUUUUAUAGGCAAUAAAAUACAUAUUGCGAGGUAGUUUGUAGUUAUAUUUUCGAUAUUCAUAUUGAAAGCAAUUUCUAUGAUAUUUGUACGAAGAUCGAAGUUUCGUUUUCGUGAUAGACGUCAGUAAUGUAACGAAUAUUUAUAUAAAAACUUCGCUACGAAUUAUAAAUUUACUCCUGAUGCAGUAUCGUGACGCAAUUUAUGCCUGUAUCGUGAUUUAUAUGUAAUUUAUAUGUAAUUUAUACAUGUCAAUUAAAUAUAUAUUAAUCGAGA